ACCCGAUUAGAAGAAGUUCUUCCUUCGUUACGGCCGCCAUAUUGGUUACCUAUUAGAACGUAGAGGAUAGGCGUCAAAAUCUAUAAACAUCUGAUAAUAUUUACAAUCACGGCGGUCAUCUGUAAUAUCUUCUUGUGGGUUUGGGUCCAUUGAUAUGGCCGACACAGAUAAAUUAAAUAUAGAUAGUAUUAUAGCUCGUCUUCUUGAGGUUCGAGGCUCUAGACCAGGAAAAAAUGUUCAGCUUACAGAGUCAGAAAUCAGAGGGCUUUGUUUAAAAUCAAGAGAAAUCUUUUUGAGUCAACCUAUUUUGUUGGAACUUGAGGCACCACUAAAAAUCUGUGGUGAUAUUCAUGGUCAGUAUUAUGACCUACUACGUCUGUUUGAGUAUGGUGGGUUUCCACCAGAGUCCAAUUACUUGUUUCUAGGUGACUAUGUAGAUAGAGGCAAGCAGUCAUUGGAGACCAUUUGCCUUUUAUUAGCAUACAAAAUCAAGUAUCCUGAGAAUUUCUUUCUAUUGAGAGGUAACCAUGAGUGUGCCAGCAUCAAUAGGAUAUAUGGAUUCUACGAUGAAUGCAAAAGACGAUACAAUAUCAAAUUAUGGAAAACAUUUACAGACUGUUUCAAUUGUUUACCUAUUGCUGCUAUCAUUGAUGAAAAAAUUUUCUGCUGCCAUGGAGGAUUGAGUCCUGAUUUGCAGUCUAUGGAACAAAUACGACGGAUAAUGAGACCCACUGAUGUGCCUGAUCAGGGCCUGCUUUGUGACCUACUUUGGUCAGAUCCAGACAAAGAAACAAUGGGAUGGGGUGAAAAUGACAGAGGUGUAUCUUUCACUUUUGGGGCUGAAGUAGUAGCAAAAUUUUUGCAUAAACAUGACUUGGAUCUCAUUUGCCGUGCCCACCAGGUGGUGGAAGAUGGAUACGAGUUUUUUGCUAAGCGACAGCUGGUUACAUUAUUUUCUGCACCAAAUUAUUGUGGUGAAUUUGACAAUGCAGGGGCCAUGAUGAGUGUUGAUGAAACACUUAUGUGUUCUUUCCAGAUUUUGAAACCUGCAGAUAAGAAAAAGUUUCCAUAUGGGGGAUUAAAUGCAGGACGACCAGUCACACCACCUAGGGGGAAUCAGAAAGCUAAAGGCAAAAUGUAAAGAAAUAUCUUUGUUGACAAAUAAAUUGACAUUCAUGAGGACUAUAAUUGUAUUAAACAAAAAUUAACUUGAUCUGAUUCGUCAUGACUAGCAACAGAGACUUGUUAAUCCAUGGAGUAAGCUAGUUUUUUUUUAUUAUUCUUAUUUAUUUCGGCUAUUUACUAAAGUGAUUCUGUGGAAAUAGUUUCUAAAGGAGAUCAUUUUGGCAAUAACUUGUUUUCUCAAACUGGAUUUAUUACGUCUUAAUUGCAUCACGUGCUGUGUACAACCUACAAGUUUUUUUUUAAGGAACGUGUAUAUUAUAGUAGUGAUAACAAAGUCAUGAGUUAUUGGAAAUGGAAAGGCCCUGGCCUGUCAUAAUCAUGUCCCCCAGUAUGGCGGCCUCCAUAUUCUAUUUCAUCAUCAACAAUAACAGGAUUGGCUUGCUGUUUUCAGUGAGAGCAAAACUGUUUUGUUGAUUAUUGAAGGACAUGGUCAUGACAUGAAAUGGCUUUUUCCUUCAUGUCUUUAGGCUGUUUUGUUUUUCAAAGAAAAUAAACAAUUCUAGGGUGUUAAGAAUAUUAAAAAAAAAGUUGUUCUCAUUGUACAAUAAAACAAAAUGCCUGUAUAUAUGUUUUCACUCAAUGUCAAUUGUUUUUACAAGUAUUUCAUGAACUUUUUUUUUUAUUAUUAUUUAUUCUUAAUAGGCCAUGAAUUAACUACCCAAACAAAAAUUAGGAGAAGGAAUUUUGUCAUACCUCUCUAAAAUCAAUCAUUUAGAUUAACUAUAUAAAUACAUUUUUUAAUACACAUUUUGUACAAUCAGGGCAGAAUUGAAGUAUGUUUUUGUUCUGAAGAUAUGUUUGUAUACGUACACUAUCUGUUUUAGGUGUUUGUUGUUGUUGUUUUUUUUUUUUUUUUUUUUGUUUCCCUACGCAGGCAUACAUACUGCCGGACAUUAAUUUUGCUAGUGCUCACUUAUAUGGAAUUUACAUUAGUGUCUUUAUAUGUGUCUGGCACUUAUUGCCCAGUGUUUGUGUCUUGGGACAAGGUUAAAUAGGUCAUUAGUACCAGUAAUUUUUUUCUCACUUAGUACUGUAUUAGUUUUGGAUUUUAUGUGUGUAAUCAAAAUGGAACAAAAACAAGGUUAACAUAUUUCAAUUGUUAAAAUUAUAUGAGUCAGCUAUUCAAGAUAUUAAAGCAAGUCCUUUAAAAUAAUAUGGUGUAACUUAACCAUGGGUCAGCUCUUUGUAGUUGUCGUGUUUGUUUUAUUCAUUACAUUGUUAGCCAUUUCUCUCUCAUAUGCACUUAUUGUGUUAAGAAUGUGAUGAUUAAACAAAAGAUAGUAUUUUAACAGGUUGGUAAAUCCUCUUACUUAUUGCAUGUCUUUUUAACCAGUAUGAAACUAAAUUGUUGACUUGUUUUGUGUCUCCAACGUGGGUAAUCAGUUCCUUACAGUUUUGAAAGCAACCCCUGAGUAGUUUGGUGAAUUGGUGAAAUUCUUAAACUUACAUGUUAGCAACAGUAGCAUUGUCUGUUAUUUGUUAUGAUCUAGUUGGUUUCAAAUUUUAAAAUAUAUAUUUUUUUUAUUUUAUUAUUAGCUGAGUUCUUUCCCAAGUAAACAAAGGACCAGCUAAUUGAUAUCAAAUAAAUGUGAACUUUUC